CGCUCUUCCUCUCCUCGUACCUACAUCACGAAACCCUAGUCUCAUCGUCUUGUUCUUCUUCGAUCGCCAUGGGCGAGAUGGAGAACUCGAGCAUCCUCUCGUACGAGAAGCUCGAGGGCGUGGCGAGCUGGGUGGGGACGAGCGUGGCCUCGGCGUUCUUCGCCUCGCUCGAGCGGUGCUCCUGCAUCAACCUCAGCACCGCCGAGGAGGACGAAAACGACGACGAGGAGGAGGCCAAGGAUCGCCCCCUCAUGCUCACCAAACCCGUCCUCCACGACGACGACUCCACCAAACCCUCCCCCGUUUGAUCCCCAUCGAUCGAUUCGAUCCUUCAUCGCCCCUCCCCAAUAAGGUUGGUGAAUUCUCCUUAUGCGUGCAACAAUGUCUGUUGAGAUCGAUCGUCGCCGUAUCUAUCUAGGGUUUCGAUUCGCGUCCGUAUGUGCGAUCUCGCGUUUGUGGUAAUUGCUUGUUGAAUCGCUUAUAGGUUGUAUCGAUCGUCUGUAAAAAGCUUUAUAUUUUGCGUACUUUUUUCAUGUAUGUUUGUGCUGUUGGGAGGGUGGAAGGGAUUAAUGAUGUUGUUUUGUCUA